ACGUGUGGUGCGCGCCUCGCGUUUCAUUGUUUUUAUACAAAUACCCAUUGUUUUAUUUUAGCCGAUGCGAAUCGAUAUAAAGUUUGGAAAAUAUUGCGGCCUAUGGAAAGCCUAACGUUAUAUUUGUAGUGAUUAAACGUAAUUUAGUGACAAUAAAGUGUUAUCUAUACACAUUGCAUGCUGAAAUAGGUGGCUUAUUGACGAGUGAAACUCUUUAUCGGAUCAUUCAUUCUGGACAGUUUGGGUUUAUUAUCGAACGUUGGACUCGCAAGUGAUUGUUUGUAAAGAAAGUAUGCAAAUCGAUAGCAGAGUGGAUGCCCGGUUGGAAGCAGUCAAGUGCUCUUGCUGUGCGGUUUGUGACUCCGUUGCAUAUUGAUUGGAUGUGUACCGGGAUAUCUGGAAAUUGUCAUUCAAUUGCGUGAGUUUCAAUACACCUGUGCAUGUUAUUGCUUCUAUCAUUUAUUUAUUAAACCAUUCAACCUUAAGAAAUAAAGAGUUUUUGCAGGUAAGCACCAAUGCUCGUGAUGGUGCGGUCCGACGAAAGUGUCAGAUAGCCGCCCCGUGACCACGAAGCAUGGGUGCGAAUAUGGGCAAGAAUUCGAGCCUGCUCGACGCACUGCCCACCGCGCAGGGCACGUUGCACGUCGUCAUGCUGGGCCUUGACUCUGCCGGCAAAACCACUGCACUCUACCGGCUUAAGUUCGACCAAUAUCUUAACACUGUUCCCACGAUAGGAUUCAACUGCGAGAAAGUAAAAGGCACCAUCGGUAAAUCCAAAGGCGUCAACUUCCUCGUCUGGGAUGUCGGGGGCCAAGAGAAACUGCGGCCUCUAUGGAAAUCUUACACGAGGUGUACAGACGGCAUUAUAUUUGUGCUGGACUCCGUUGAUAUAGAAAGGAUGGAAGAAGCUAAAAUGGAAUUAAUAAGAACAGCAAAGUCACCUGACAAUACAGGUGUGCCAAUACUCGUGUUGGCUAAUAAACAAGACUUACCUGGAGCUAAAGAGCCACGAGAACUGGAAAAAUUGUUAGGUUUGCAUGAGUUGGUAUCGUCUCCUCAUGGCUCCAGAGAUACACACGCUUGGCAUGUCCAGCCUGCUUGUGCAAUAACAGGAGACGGCCUACACGAAGGGUUAGAAGCACUAUACGAGAUGAUACUGAAGAGGAGAAAAUUAGCCAAGUUGCAGAAGAAGCGAGUAAGAUAAAUUAAGAAUGUACCUUACAUUUUUAAUUAUGUUCCGAAAUGCUCACGUUAUGGAUGUUUUUCAAAUAUGUCCAAGUUAUAAACGCCAAAUAUUGUUUUAUUUUAGAUGUGUAACGUCUUAUGAAAAUAUUCCAUCAUAAUGUUGCUCAAGUUCUACAGAACAUUUUGACGAAGACGAAUAUUUUGAUAAAACAAAUUUAACUACUAGUCAUUUUCUUUUGAAAAUAGCUAGGAGAAGGAUGAAGAUAUUAAGAUUUAUAUAUGUAAAUUUUAAAUGCCUACAUACUUUUGAUUUAUAUUUUGUAAACAAAAUUGUUUGAGGUGUAGUUAAAUGAUAGUUAGCUUCAUUUGAUACAGAACGUAAUGAAGCUGUGAAAAUGCCUAACGCACUAAUAGUUUUUGUGACGGACAAACUUGAAAGUUUAUAAAAAUCAUGUUAUUUCGUCAACAGAGGAAGCAUUCGUAAAGGUUAAUACGGUCACAACGUCCUCUGGGACCAUUAGCAUAAUGGGAAUGUUAUUAUUCUAAGGAUUUUAGUGCAUAUUUAAAUAUAUGCUACAGUAGUUAGAUGUAGUGAUUGCUAAACAUUGUCAUGAUGUUAAAUAUCUACAGUUCUACACCUGUGAAAAUUCCCACGUUUAUGAAAGGUUUUCCUUUAUCUUCAUCCUACGAUAACCUUUAUUUAUCUUCCCUACAUUUACACGUCAAUACCAAAAGAUUCUUGAGUAGCCAGUUACGAUUUAGUGUGUAGAAAUUAUUUAUAUUAAUCAUUGUGAUGUUCUAUUGUAUAACUUCAUAAAGAGGCUUUUAAUGUUUGUGUUUUGGACAGCUUCUUCUAAAUGUAAAUAUUUGUAAAUACUGUUUAGAAUCUAUAAAUAAACUUAUCAGGCAAAUAUUAAAACUGUGUGUCAUCGUAUUAUUUAUCAUAUUGUUAUUUAGCGUUUUCUUAAACCGACUUUUAAAACACGUACUUGUAAUAAAACUCCUGAUAUUUCUCUAUCAAGUUCCACUUUUACAACUUGAUGAACUCUUGUAAUAACUAAAGACAAUCCAACAUUACCAUCUGUCCUCGUAUUUUCAUCAAGUCAAUCAAAGUCAGAAGCUGCAAGAUCAAUCUAUCAAAGUUUAUCAUCAAUUGUCUUUGAAAUCGUUUAUUGCACGUAUUGCUAGCACACUAGUUGCGGUAUUAAUAAAUCUAAUAUGUUUUGUUUAAUAAUUGUAGCUUUAAAAUAUAUUUAUUUAGUUACUCAAAAAAAUGUAAUUGAAUUAUUAUAAACCCUAAUGUACUUUAUGGUCUAUUAUGGACUAUUGUGGAAACUUUUACCAGAGAUUGCAUUACUCACACUGUAAAUAUGUAAAUUCCAAGUUGCAAUUUGUCAGUACCAUUAAACCAAACACUUUUAAAAGUAUAAUUGUACAUUUUGUUUUAAAAUACCUAUUGCUACGUUGGUUUUAUUAUAUUAUCAGCAUUAAUGCAUGUUAUUGAGUUUUGUGGGAUAAAUAGAUAGUUUUUCAUAUUGAUUCCCAAUAAUAAAUUCUGUUUUCAAUAUACGUUUUG